CCCUGGCCGUCCUCUGAUCCCCCUGUGAUCAGAGUUCUGCAAUCGGGUUUCUGAUGCAGGGUGCAGGUACGUGUCCCAUCUGUAUCUGUCAGUAAGAGUUGUGGUUGUCAGCGGCAACACAGUCCCCAGGAACACUGGGUACUGGACCCUAACUCUAACCCUGGCCUUAGCUCUAACGUUAAACCCAAAGCUUUGACUAACCCCUAACAGCUGUGACAAGCAGCUGCAGGCUCACUCUGGAGGCCCGGCCCUCUCGUCUAAAGCAGAAGCAAUCCCAACUCCUGCACACGUCAGCCAAUCACAUUCAUGUUCUACAGUCAAAUAUGGAGACAAACUGGUCGAACCAGAAACACGUCGAGUACUGUGAAACAGAUUACAGCGACAACACUCGGGUCCGUCUGACAGAACUGCAGGGCUUUGUUUUGUAGAUAAAGAACACAGGGACCGAGCCUGAUGCAAGUAUCUGUGAGCGCACGCUGAGAAUGAACACAACAGAUGAUCCAGAGGAACCUUAGACAAGCCUGAACACAAAUGCAGAGGACAUACGAACACUGGCAUUCGGUGCUGCAGCUGUUUUCCAGAAGACAGGUGGUCAGCCACCAGAGAGGAGGAGGAUUUCCACAACAUGGCAUCCCACAAGUUGUUCUUAUUGAUGGCUUAAACUGAUCAAUAAAGUAUCAGUUCAUACCCUCCGCAGUUGGGUUUUUAUCAGCUUAUUUAAACGUCUUUAGUUUUUCCACUGUUUGGACUAAAGCUGUGGUUUCAAACUGUGACAGUGCACUUGUAGAAAUUUCUGCUUUAUGUUCGACUUUUGAUAGACUGAGCCUUCCUCAGCACGACCAAGAGUCUGCAGCCACAUCAUCAGCAGCUCUAGGAAGAUGGCAGUGAACAGGAGGUGAAGAGACUUUACAGCAGCAGCACUCCACUGAAACCACAGAGGUACAGAGGCUGAAAAUGAGUCUCACAGAGGAAACUGCAGAGAAAAACGGCCAAACAGAGCCUGAAGCUCAUCACAACGAGGACAUUUUACCCAACAAAUCAGACCGGGAAGAUAAAGAUGUGAAGGUGAAAGAUCUUCUUAAGGCACAACAGAAGGAGAAACAUAUGAUCAGCCCACUGGCUCUUCUCAAAGAGGACCUCCUGAAGGUGUUUAAGGACAAAGAGGUGAAAAAGGAGGACGGCCCAUCGAGUCAGAUGGAGAACAAGCCCAGCACUCUCAGUCUCCUGAAAGAGGACUUAUGUCAGUUUAAAGAAGACAUCAGCAGCGUCUUCAGCUCGUCCCAGGACGAAGACGAGAAGGCUGCGGAUCCUAAGUUGGAUCAGACAGCAGAGAAACCACUGAACCUCCUGAGCUUCCUCAGAGAGGACCUGUCGAACAUCCUCAGGAUCGGUCCCUCAAAGGAGAAAGACAAGUGCAUCACUGCAAAGGAGGAUUCUUCCAAAAUAAAAGUCCUGCAAGCUGAAAAAACAGACAAACUCUUUAAGAAUCUGUUCAGUACAGACCGCAAACUUUUAAAGAAAGUGGAGGACAGACAGGAAGCUGGAGAGAAAGAGGAACAGCUGGACAGCGGUUCCAGGGGAAACCACUCAGAGCAGAAAGAGAAACUAAACGACAGCACGAAAGACGAGGCGACUCAACCAGACGACGGUGAGCGGGACAUAUGUGUGUCUGAGGAGACGUGUGAGGUGACAGCAAGCGUCUCUGAAGCACAGAGUGAGGACAUGGGACAGCGGCUGACGACAGUCAGACUCUCCACAGCUGAACAGAGCUGUGACAGCGAGGAGUGGAGCAAUGGAGGCUCGCAUGUGGUGUCAGCAGAAGAGGAGGAGGAGAGAGGAGACGAACCUUCAGAGGCUCCGCCCUCAGGGAUCAGCCUGGCUGGUCUGACAGACGCUGAGACAGACGAGCAGAGGCAUCAACCAGGAGAAGACCUGUGGUCGCCCAAAAACUUUGCCACUUAUUUGACCCUUGACCCCAACACUGCCAACUCAGAGCUCCACCUGACCAACAACAACAGGAAGGCCAUUCGAGUCUGGUCAGACGAUCGAGCCUCGGAGCACCCGGACCGGUUUCUGCACUGCCCUCAGGUCCUGUGCAGGGAGGGGCUGCUGGAUUCGGCGUACUGGGAGGUGGAGUGGAGCGGUGGCGCCGACAUCGGCAUCACCUACAACAGCAUCUCCAGAGACGGAGCCAUGGCGGCCUGCCUACUGGGAUACUACAGGCACUCCUGGAGUCUGGAGUGCUCAGAGGGCAGAUACACACCGUGCCACAACUACAGGAGGUUCAGCUCCUCCUACCCUCAACCCUUCACCCAUAGAGUCGGGGUUUACCUGGACUGGAAUGAGGGGUCUCUGUCCUUCUACUGCGUCUCCCAGGACGCCCUGGUCCACCUCCACACCUUCACCUGCGCCUUCACUGAGGCUGUGUACCCGGGCUUCUGGGUCUGGGCCUACGACGGCUCGGUGUCGCUGUGUCAGGUGGUGUUGGACUGGGAGCGGCUGCUGCAGUGAACCACUGUGAGCAGGGUGGACCAGGUUUCCCUGCUUCUCACAACCUGGUUUGGUCCUUGACUGGUGCAAACUGCAAAUGAAUUGAGGAGGACAGGGUACCGCCAAAUGUUCAAAUGUUGUCCAAAUACUUUUGGACCAAAUGGAUCUAAUCAUAUAAAAGAAGAAUCGUUUUUGGGGGGCUGGGAUGCUCAAAACUAUGGACCUCCACCGUUUUACUGCGGCCCUUUCCAAACGCUUAUGUAUGGAGAACAACUGAUUUGGGCCAGAGUGUAUCACCAGAAGUGAGCAGACCAAAGACUGAAUGCCUAGACCCCCUCCCAGCUCAGCGCUACUCAGGGGGACAGAUAAUAAGACAGAAGUGACUGUCAAACAGGGUGAAGCCACCAACAAGUCCACCUUUUCCAUCUGGAACAGACAGAAGGCGGCUCUACAGAAGCUGUUUCUACUGGUGACAGCAGGUCAGUGGGACACCUGCAGCCACAGAAGCCUCACGGGGAAACAGGAUGCACCGCAGCAGCUCAUUUAACUGAACAGUUCCCUGAAUGAUAAAGGUCUUCACCAGCAGAACAAAGUGGACCAGACGGCGCGAUGGCUGCAACAUCUGAAUGUCCAGCCUGGAGUGCAUCUUCAUCUCGCUUCAUGCCGUCUUCUCCCUCACCAAAUGCAAACCAACCGGACUGAUCACAGCUCUGGUGGCAUCUCUCCAGCCACCUUACAGUUUUUGAAGGCGAGCACGUGAGGUGGUCUGUGCAGUUGUGUGCGUUAGCAGCCUUCCACUGUAUAAACAUCCUGGAAAUCCACGUGUACACAGGUUACCUGACUCCCCAUCAGCCCGAGUGGCUCAGUUCAGCCUCCAACACAUUCAGUGAAGCAGCUCUAACACAAACUGGGACCUGCCUCGGUCUGAGUGAUGCUCAGUGCACGCACCGCUGUCCGUGCGUGAUGUUUGUGCAUGUGUUGCUGUGUGGGCGU